AUGCGAAUGACCCCUGAUGACCUAGUCUGGGAGCAAGCCGAAGAAAUAUCCGACAAAUGGCUCCUUCAAUUUCUUCAACAUGACGUCUUAAGAUCGAUCGGGGCUUUCAUCAUCACUCAUGAAAGAGGCUUUGUUCCGAAACAGAGCUACUACGCCUACUGUGAUCCGCUUGGCACAACCUGGCGCCGUCAUGUCCCCGAAGAGAAAGUCGCGAAUGAAGUUGCUAUAAUGCGAUUUCUGGCAGAUCAGACUUUGAUACCUAUUCCUCUUAUUCUUCACUCGGGUACGAAGAAAGAGAGCCCCCUCGAACUCGGUCCAUUUAUUAUGAUGGAAUAUGUCGAGCAUGACACGAAAAUGUACGCUGCCCUUAACACACCGGGCUGUCCGGUAGAGGUCCGUGGCAUGCUUGAUCCCGAUAUCGACAAGGGUAGGCUUGAACUACUAUAUAGCCAGCUAGCGCAUAUCCUACUACAGCUCUCUGUACCCUCUUUGCCUCGUAUCGGAUCUCUUAGCCAAAUUGACGAGUUCACUUCGGACGUCACACGCCGGCCUCUAACAAUAAAUAUGAAUGAGCUUGUCCGAAUUGGAGGCCUGCCACAGUCGAAGCUUCCCGAUCUAAAUGCUACAUUUGAGGCAUCUUCGUCAUAUAUGGAAGCCCUUGCAAAUAUCAACAUUGAGCAUUUGGUGCAUCAAAGAAACGAUUCCGUCAAGUCUGCAGACGACUGUCGCCGGAAAUUUGUGGCGCGGCAGCUUUUUCGCAAGCUAGCCAGGGAGAAGAAACUCACGAACCCGUUACUCGAGAAAUGGCCUUUUAGAAUUUGGUGUGGUGAUCUACGGCCGGCUAAUGUGCUGCUCAAUGAGAAUCCUACAAAAAUUGCCGGGGUGGUAGAUUGGGAGUUCACAUACGCAGCCCCCGUCGAGUUUUUCUAUGCGCCGCCCUGGUGGUUGCUUAUUGAGAAACCUGAGCUAUGGCCAAAGGGAAUUGACGACUGGAAAAGAGUGUUUGAGCAUCGUCUAAAGACGUCGUUUCUUAAGGCGAUGAAGGAUUGUGAAGAUACAGCUAUCCAACAAGGUCGGUUAAGAGAAGACCAGCGCCUUUCCGGUCCUAUGUAUGAGAGCUGGGAGAGCGGUGAUUUCUGGAUUAUGUAUGCAGCGACGCAUAGCUUUGCCUUUGAUGAGAUUUACUGGCACAAGAUUGACCCGCGGUUUUUUGGACCUACUAAGGAUCCCGAGGGAGUCGAGGCAUGGAAAGAGACAUUGUGCCUAUUGGAUGAGGAGGAAAAGGAGGAGAUGGAAUUGCUAGUCGCUCGGAAGUUGAUGGAGAUGGACACCAGGGUUCUAUUGUGGGAUCCAGAUGAGUACACUCUGGCAUUUCACGAGCAAUUGAAGAGUCAAGAAAAAGCGAAGGUCGAGAACAGCCUGGAAGAGAGUAUGGAUAGCGAGCCUACUGACGAGACCAGGUAA